AUGAAAGGAAGAUCACAGUUAGAAAACACAUUGCUGUUGAGAUUAGACAGUGAUGGUGUACCAAUUGCCAAUAAUACACUUUAUGGGAGUGGUGUAUUGACAUUACCAUCUUUACCUUAUAAAUUGGAAUAUAUUAAUGAUGAUAAUCCAAUAGUCACUUUGAAAAUUAUGAUUGCUGCUGGUUCAACAAUUUCUAGAGAUGGAUUGAUUUGGACAAACGUUCCUGAAUCUUCUAAUGUCGAAUUUAAUAGAGAUCACUUUAGAAAAAUUAUUAUUAAAUCGUCUAUUCAUAGCGAUUGCUACAUUGAUUUAAAAUUAUUUAGACCAGGUUCUUUCUGUUUUUACGUAUCUUAUAGAAAUAAAAAAAAUCUAUUGAAGACUACAAAGAAACAUUAUUUUAUUUUAGGACCCUCAUUAUUCAUUAACGAUACUUAUUUACCUUUGAAUUCGAUAAAUUGUCAAACUAUCAUUUCCAAAUGGUUACCAAAAAGUACAAGUCCUGAGGAUAAUUGGCAAAAAAUCUUUAAGCUUAUCGCAAAUAAAAAAUAUAACAUGAUCCAUUUCACACCUUUGCAACAAAGAGGUGAAUCAAAUUCCCCAUAUUCAAUUUAUGAUCAAUUAAUGUUUGAUCCUGAUUUUUUUAAAGAAAACCAAAAAUCUGUUAAGCUUUUAAUUGAUGAUUUAGAAAAAACUCACAAUAUGUUAUCAUUGACAGACAUUGUUUUUAAUCAUACUGCUAAUAAUUCUUUUUGGUUAAGAAAACAUCCAGAAUCUGGUUAUAAUCAAUUCACAGCGCCUCAUUUGAAUGCAGCUAUUGAAUUGGAUAAAGCAUUGCUGGAUUUUAGCUCAAGGUUAAAAUCAUUAAAUUACCCAGUAGAUUUGAAAAAUGAUAACGAUCUUUUAGAGAUUCUAGACGGUAUUAAAGUUCAUGUUCUUGGUCAACUGAAAUUGUGGGAAUAUUAUGUUAUUAAUAUUAAGGAAACAGUUAAUGAAGUCGAAGCUAAGUUUGAUGAAAUAAGUAUUACUAAUGGAGAUGAAGAGGAUGAAUCAUUGAAUGACGAAAUAUUAAAUAAUUUAGAGAACUUAGCCGCUUAUGUUCGUGAAAAUUAUAAUGUUGGUAAUUUUGAUAAUCUAGCCGAAAGAUAUUCACAUAAAUUAAAUAUUGAGAAAUUAAUUAUUCUAUUAAAGAAAUCCAAAAAGUUCGAAAAAUUUGAUGAAGAAACUAACACUUUUAUCAUAAAUCUAUUAGACGAAAUAAAUUUACCCCUUUAUAGGAUUUAUGAUGAUGAUGUCAAUGAAAUAUUAGAACAAUUAUUCAACAGAAUUAAAUAUUUAAGAAUCAGUGAUGAUGGGCCAAAAUUAGGUGUUAUAACAAAUAAAUCACCAUUAACCGAACCCUAUUUCACUAGAUUUGUUGGUGAAAAUGAUGGAAUAGAAUACGCGUUGGCUAAUAAUGGUUGGAUAUGGAAUGGAAAUCCCCUUAUAGACUUUGCUUCUAAGAACUCUAAAGCUUAUUUAAGAAGAGAGGUGAUUGUUUGGGGUGAUUGUGUAAAGUUAAGGUAUGGUAAAGAACCAGCAGACUCUCCAUAUUUAUGGAAGAGAAUGUCAGAUUAUAUUACAAUGAACGCAAAGAUAUUCCACGGUUUUCGUAUCGAUAAUUGCCAUUCUACACCUUUACAUGUAGGCGAAUAUUUCUUAGAUUUAGCAAGAUCACACAAUCCAAAUCUUUAUGUUGUUGCUGAAUUAUUCUCUGGCUCAGAGACUACAGAUUGUUUAUUUGUUGAGCGAUUAGGUAUCUCGUCUUUAAUUAGAGAAGCCAUGCAAGCUUCAUCAGAAGAUGAAUUAUCAAAUCUGAUUCAUAGAUAUGGUGGUAGACCAAUUGGUUCUUAUAAGUUUGUUCCUAUGGAUACAUUUGCAUUUUCACCUGACCUUGAAUUAGACGAAGAUUACUGCACAUACAGUAUAAAGGAUAAGAGCAUACAUUGCGUUUCAGAAAUCAUGAUACCAAGAGUUCUAACUUGCCAACCUCCACAUGCCUUAUUUAUGGACUGUACUCAUGACAAUAAAAUGCCAUAUGAAAAGAGAACAAUUGAGGAUACGUUACCAAAUGCGGCAUUAGUUGCGUUUUGUUCAAGUGCAAUUGGGUCAGUAUAUGGUUACGAUGAAAUUUAUCCAGAGCUACUUGACCUAGUAAAUGAAAAAAGGAAAUAUGAUUUAUCUGGAUCUAUUAAUAAAAAUUUAAAUGACGAGGUAGGAAUCUGUAAAAUAAAAAGGAAAUUAAACGCUAUCAGAAAAGAAAUUGCUAUUAGUAGCAUCGAUAUUGAAGAUUCUGAAAUGCAUGUGCAUCAUGAAGGCCAGUAUAUAACUUUUCACAGAACUAAUUCAAAAACAGGAAAAGGUUAUUAUCUAAUUGUAAGAACAAAAUUCAGUGAUUUCAAUGAAGACCAAAUGUUCCCAUCUGUUACGUUGAGAGCAACCAAGUGUAAAUUUAAUUGUGCCUAUUCUUUAGAAAAAGUAGAUACUUCAUUUUCUCCAGAUAAUGAUCUACUAACAGGAGUUAAAUCAAAAAUUGUAGAAUUAAAAGAUUUUACAAUUCAUGUGGAUGCUGACAGUAAUUCUGUUAUAGAGUUACCUGAAAACUUUCCGCCAGGUUCAAUCGCAAUUUUUGAAACAGGCUACGUGGGGAUUGAUGAUACGUUAGAUCAUUUGAUUAGAUCAGGAGCUCUUAAAGCUACUUCAAACCUAAAUUUUGAGUCUCUAAAUGCAGUACUUUUUAGAUCAGAAAGUGAAGAACUAGAUGUUAGUGGCAACACUUUUGGUGCUUAUAAUAUUCCAAAUCAUGGUAAGUUGGUUUAUUGUGGUUUACAAGGCUGGGUUUCAGUACUAAGAGAUAUAAUGAUAAACAAUGACUUAGCACAUCCUCUAAGUGUAAACUUACGCGAAGGCCAUUGGGCCUUAGAUUAUAUUUUAGAACGCUUAAAUCUUUACAACGAUAAGCCAGGAAUUAGAGAUGUCCAAGCUUGGUUAGCUGAGCGUUUUGAUAAAAUUAAACAAUUACCAAACUUUUUAGUUCCAAGCUUUUUUGCUUUGACUAUUGGUAUUCUUUACGGUUGUUGCAGAUUUAAAGCGAUGCUAUUAUUUCCUAAAUAUAUUGGUAACGCAAAUGUAUUUGUACAAAGUUUGGCUCUAACUUCGAUCCAAAUGGUUUCAGAAGUAAAGUCUACAUCGAUUUUUCCAAAUAUUAAUGUCCCUUGUAUGUGUGCCGGAUUACCACACUUUAGCACUAAUUAUAUGAGAUGUUGGGGCAGAGAUGUAUUUAUUUCUUUCAGAGGGCUCUUGCUAGUAACCGGAAGAUAUGAAACUGCUAAACAACAUAUUCUAGGUUUUGCUAAAACUACUAAACAUGGAUUGAUUCCAAAUUUAUUAGAUGCUGGGAGAAACCCAAGAUACAAUGCUAGAGAUGCGGCAUGGUUCUUUUUACAAGCAAUCCAAGAUUACAUUACUAUAGUUCCUGAAGGACAUUCGAUUUUAAGCGAAAAAGUAAGUAGAAGAUUUCCAUUAAAUGACAAAUACAUUACCUACGAGGACCCUGAGGCGUUUAGCUACUCGUCUUCAAUUGAAGAAAUAAUUUAUGAAAUCCUAAGUAGACAUGCUAAGGGAAUAAAAUUUAGAGAAGCAAAUGCUGGACCUAAUUUGGAUAGGGUGAUGAAGGAUGAAGGUUUUAAUAUAGAGAUCGCAGUUGACUGGAGUACUGGUUUAAUCCAUGGUGGCAAUCAAUUUAACUGUGGUACUUGGAUGGAUAAAAACGGUGAAAGUGAAAAGGCCAAAUCCAAAGGUGUCCCGGGAACCCCAAGAGAUGGCGCUGCUGUUGAAAUCAAUGGUUUAUUGAAAAGUACAUUAAGGUUUGUUUUGAAAUUAAUAAGUGAAGGGAAAUUUAAGAAAACAGAUGUCACCAGACAAGAUGGAUCUAAAAUCUCCUUUGCAGAUUGGAAUGAUUUGCUUCAAGAAAAUUUUGAAAAAAAUUACUAUAUCCCAUUAGAUCCUAAAGAUGAUAAUGAAUACAAUACUGAUUCGAAUAUUGUAAACAGAAGAGGCAUUUAUAAAGACCUUUGUGGUUCUGGUAAGCCAUUUGAGGACUAUCAACUGAGACCAAAUCAAUUUAUUGCUAUGGCAGUGGCUCCAGAACUAUUCUCACCAGAACAUGCUAUGUCUGCUAUAAAAGUAGCCGAUGAAAAUAUUAGAGGCAAACUAGGAAUGCGUACUUUGGAUCCAAGUGAUUAUAAUUACAGACCAUAUUACAACAAUAGUGAAGAUUCUGAUGAUUUUGCAACUUCUAAAGGUAGAAAUUAUCACCAGGGUCCAGAAUGGGUAUGGUGUUACGGUUAUUUCAUGAGAUCUUUCCAUACUUUUAACUUUUUAGCUAAUCCAUUGUCUAGAAAUGAAACUGAAAACCGGCCAUCUUCAUAUUUAAUGCAACAGAUUUACUUAAGACUAGAUGAUCAUAGAAAGGCAAUAAUAGAAAGUCCAUGGGCAGGUUUACCAGAAUUAACAAAUAAAGAUGGGGAAUUUUGUCAAGAUUCAAGCCCCACCCAAGCUUGGAGUUCAGGAUGUAUUUUAGAUGUCCUAUACGAUGUUUGGGUAGCUUUUGAUUCUAAAUGGUACGCAAAACAAAUUAAACAAAACAAUCCAUAA